UCAAGAAUUAAUUAUCAGGCCAUGUUACACAAAUGUGAAAAGAUUCAACUAAGUAAAAACCGCAAUCUUUUUAGCAUCAGCUGCUUCAUAAAGCUGAUGACCUAUUUUAGACAGUUUUGUGAAGUUUAUGUGAACCCCAUGAGGAAAGGGUUAACCGGCAAUGUGAUUAUCCCAUCUUGUGAUCCCAUUUCCAGCCAUGAAAGAAGGUAUUUUAUUUGUGCAGGACAUAUCUCACCACUCACUCGCUCACCACUUCAGAACUGCAGAGCUGCAAACCCCGUGUUAAGAGGUCGAUCAGCUCAUUAUGUGUCCUGAUGUCGUGGUGGUUGAUGGCCGACCGUAUUGAAGAGUGUGAGAGCAGUGACAUGGAGACCAUGGAGACCCCUGCUGGUCCUGCUGUGGUGACGCUCUCUUUUGCCUACCAGGGCCUCUUGGAGAUUCCCUAUGAUACCAUUCUUCAGCAUCAGGACACUCUGGAGGUUCUGGACCUUAGUUACAACUUGCUGGAUGAACGGAAUCCUGCUCUUUUGGGGGGUUUGGAGAAGCUCAGCACACUCAUCCUGGACUGCAACAACUACAGCGCACAUGUCAAAUUCCCCUACAUGCCCAGCCUCACCACCUUGUGGAUCAACAAGAACAAAAUCAGCAACCUGCCCAUUGUUGUGGAAGAGAUCUCCUGCAAGUUCCCAAAUAUCAAAAUUCUUAGUAUGAUGAACAAUGAAGCAGCACCCAGUUACUUUAAUGGAGGCAGUCGGACACAGUAUAUCGAUUACAGGCAGUAUGUGAUCAGUCAGAUAUCCAGUCUGGAGGUGCUGGAUGACACAGAGGUGCAGGUGAAAGAGCGUGAACUGGCCCGAAAGACCUACAGGAUGCAGAGAAUCAAAGAAGGUCGCAGCAAGAGGAAGGAGCUUCAUCGCUAACAGAGAAUUGUUCAGCAUUUCACACGCUUUUCCCGAACUGUAUGCAUGCCAAGACACUUAGUAGGCUAUCCCACAACAAUCCAAGCGGUUGUCCCAGACUUCAUGAGCUUCAAAGCUUGUUGACAGGAAGUAAUUCAUCCACCAGAUCAUGGAUUUGGAAGCUGCAACAAAUAAAUAUGAAAUGGCAUUGGA